AUGACAUCAUGUUACCAGAGGUUCACCGCCGGUCCCGCCGUGUCACACACUACUCUACUUGAAUCACGAAAACCUUCACGUACGGCAGUGAUUUCAUGCCUCUUACGCGAUCAGGGAAAUCAAUGGCCAUGGUUCGUCCUGAAAUUGCUGAAACAACGUUCGAAUUUGUACGUGGCGGGGGCGGGAGGAGUGUGGGAGAGAUCAGAGGGGGAGGAAGCGGCGGUGCAGAAGAGGAAGGCGGGGACGUGGUCGUACGCGGUGGAGAAAAGGAGGAGUAAAGGUGAAAGGAGUAGGAAGGUGGAAGUGGUGGUGACAGCAGCGGUUACGGUGGUCCUGGGCAUUGGAAAUCGAGUGUUGUAUAAACUGGCGCUUGUUCCUCUGAAGCAUUACCCCUUCUUUCUUGCUCAGCUUGCUACUUUCGGGAAUCUUCCACAACCCAUAUUGGAAUAGUUUAUUCAGGUUGGCUUUUUCAUUCUUUCUCAUUGUUUGUGUGGUGAAUUCAAGAACUUUUGUUGGGAAGUUGUCAGUACAAGUUAACGAUAUCCUAAAGGCAGGAGGU